ACUCAAUUCUGAGGUCGUCUUGUCAGGAAUCAGCUGUACUCAGUAGUUUUUGUUUCCUUUUUAGACUAGCGGAUAACUAAGAUGGGUCGAAUUUUCAUUGAGCAUAUGGGUGGUCAUAGGAUUAUUCACUGUCAGUAUUGUGAAACUCCACUAACAAAUAGAAGCGAGAUACUUAGCACUCGGUUUACAGGUGCUACUGGUCGCGCAUUCUUAUUUAACCGCGUUGUUAACAUAGUUCACAGCGAUAUUCAAGACCGUGUCAUGUUGACUGGACGUCACUUAGUAAGAGACGUCGUGUGCAUCAAGUGCAAUACUAAAUUGGGUUGGAUGUACGAACAUGCUAUGGAGGAGAGCCAGAGGUACAAAGAAGGCAAAGUGAUCUUAGAAAGGGCACUGAUAAUGGAAACGGAAGGUCUUGCUGACCCACUUGGAGAAGAGCAGUAAUCGUAUGACUGAGCUAAUUAUUGUGAUACAUUUUGUAUAUAAUUAUUAAUAUAUAUCGAAUAACUUCCAUCAUUUUCCUUAAGCCUGCAGACGUUUAUCUCGAUCGAACUUGUUUUCUUAUAUUUACCACUUGAUUCGUAAGUACAAUUUACAGUGACUAAUAUGCUUACGCCCAGUCUACUACUAUUUUACCCUAUUUGUUACCCUUUUUAUUUAGAACCAGGAAAUAAAGUAUCAAACGCCAUUUUACUUAACAGAUUUUUUUCUUUUCACAAUCAAGACCCCAUCUUCAUACCUGCAAAGCUUGCAAGUAUUUGUAUUAUGGACAUCGUAAAAUUAUAGUUCCUUGUAGUUGACAUCCCACCUCCACAUCCCUUAUUAAGAAGAGUAACAAAUUCUAUUUGAAUACGGCCUUUGGUAUUCUAUCACAGAUAUCGUUUCCAAUGACAAAUUCUUAGUCAGCUACAAUCUCGUACGUACAGACAACAGUUCCAGUUUUCAAAUUAUUCUGCUAGGAACUGGAUCUUGGAUUCGGACUGACAUUACCAACUCCUGUGUGCCUACUAGACACAAUUCAGUGUGAGUACAAAUACCGCUACCACAUAUGUGCACAUUACUCAUCAUCAAAAUACCUAUUAUUACUGUGAAUCCUCACAGAUUUUAUCUUCG